AUGAACCACAUCCACACCUUGUCGAAGGUCAUAGAGAUUUGCGGGGAAUACCGUCUGCCCAUUCUUCUAACCUUCGCCGACUAUGAGAAAGCCUUUGACAGCGUAGAAACGAAUGCAAUACUGUCAGCGCUGGUCGAUCAGGGUGUGGACGCUCCGUAUGUGAAGACAUUAGUCAGUUGCUACGAACGAAGCACCACAGAGAUACAACUUUUCCACCGCCCCCUCACCAUACCCAUUGGAAAGGGGUUACGACAAGGCAAUACGAUAUCGCCGAAGCUGUUCACGGCUGCAUUGCAAUGGAUAAUGAAAUCACUAUCCUGGGAAGAAAGGGGCAUACGUGUUGAUGGAAGAUUUCUCUCGUGCCUUCAUUUCUCAACGACAUCAUUCUCGUUUCGAGCAGUAGCAGUGAAGCAGAAACGAUGCUCAACGAACUGA